GGAGCCUUCUCCAACCUCCGGAACAGAUUCACAGAUUGAUGUAAAAAAUCCACCAUCUCUCCUUGCCAGACCCCGAGCUGCAUUAGGAGCUGGCAUUUUGGUUGAUUUGCCAUCUUAUAUCACGAUAGAGGUAUUGGCUAAGUUGGGGGCAGAGGAUCUAAUGAAUUUUUCCUUGGUUUGCAAGUCCUGGCGUGGUCUAAUCUCUCAAGUUUAUCAAAUCAAUGGGGCCAGGAAGCAACUUUACUGCCCAAGCUCAUUCUCAUGCUCUGGUCGCAACAAGGUUAGGUUGCUCUACUCUGUCAAACCUCCCAGGUCCAUCGAAUAUGCAGCACUAAACAAAGUUGGUCACUCUGUGCAUGGUAAUGAGCUUAAUUUUCCUGAGCUUCAGAAAGUUAAGAUUGUUGGAUCAUGUGAUGGCAUUAUAUGUUUGGAAGAGGGAAUCAACGUUUAUUUGUGGAAUCCAACUACAACAGAAAUCAGGACCCUGAUGAAGCCAAAGGGCUUCCAAUCUAUGUUGAUGUUCUAUGGGUUCGGUUUAGACCCAACCUUAGAUGAUUACAAGGUAAUCCUCGGUAACUCUGUGGAAGAAGGUGGUAUGAAAACACUGAAGGUCGCAGUAUUCAAGCUCAGAGAAGGAAUAUGGAGCAGCAAACAUGGACUGGAUUAUAUGCAAGUGUCUGGUCAGGGGCAUUACUUGGAUGGUGCUUUGCACUGGACUGAGAUGAGACGGGUGUGGCCACAUCCCCCUGUUCCUGGAACAAGAAUCGUUUCCCUUUGCUUGACAGAUGAGGUGUUUAAAGAGUCCCUGCAAGUGGCAGAUCUCACGGGUGGGCAAAUCUACAUCAGUGAAAGGAUCGCAAGGGCAGAAAAUGGGUUGGUCCUUUAUAUGUACGGUCUCAAUAGCAUUAAGAUAUGGCUAUCAAAGACGUAUAAGGUUAAGACAUCUUGGAUGAAUGUCAUACAUCUUGAUCUUAAAUUUGGUGGACCAGGUGCUCUUCGAACAACAAAUAUUGAACCAAUAUUCUAUUCUGAAGAUGGAAAGCUGUUUGUGAGCCUUGAUGGGAAGGAGUUGGUAGUAUAUGAUAGAGAAAAGAAAGGGUUCCGCACUGCUUUUGUAUGCUCUGGGUUGGCACAUGAACCAGUUCUAUACAUUGACAGCUUGAUUUCACCCUUCAAAGGCCUAGGUAUCUGCUGA